GGCCCUGACAGGAAGCCCAGCAUAGCACCACACUCAUCUGCUGCACAUACACACACACACACACACACACACACACACACUCGUCUGGCUGUCCUUCACCCAAGCAGCCGAAUAAAAAGCUAUCGUCACGACGACUACACUUCCGAGAGGGGUCUCUAAAGCCCGCAGCCUGCACACAGGUGUCCCAUAACUGCUCAGAAUGAAUCUGGAGCCGCCCAAAGCUGAGAUCAAGUCGGCCACCCGUGUCACCGGCGGCCCCGCCACCCCACGCAAGGGCCCACCCAAGUUCAAGCAGAGACAGACCCGUCAGUUCAAGAGCAAGCCUCCGAAGAAGGGAAUCCAGGGCUUUGGUGAUGAUAUCCCAGGGAUGGAGGGUUUAGGCACAGACAUUACUGUCAUUUGCCCCUGGGAGGCCUUCAAUCACCUGGAGCUGAAUGAGCUGGCCAAGUACGGCAUCAUCUGAGGCCACGUCGUACACUUCAAACCGUCCGCCGCAGGCUCCAUCUUCCAACUUCCAAUGGAACUAAAGAAAAGAAAAAACAAAAGAAAAAACAACUAACUGUAACAAAAACAAAAAAAGGAAAAAAGAGAAAAGUAAUCUACAAAAAAAGAACAUUUUCUGUCCUCUUUAUCUGGAUUUUUCUUCUGAUUCUGCACUUAGGAUCUGUUGAUUUGAUUCUUUCUCACAUCUCACUAUACUGUUCAUCUGCACUGUUACUCUAAACCGCCAGCGUCCUUUUCUCUUCUCUUGCUGCUCUUCUUUUCUCUCACCUUUCCUCCUCUUAUUUGUUAUUCUUCUCGCAGACCAACAUGUGAAACGAACGCAAGUGAAGCAGCCUCAGAUUGAGUUUAUGUGACAAACCCAUGACCCACUUCAGGUGCUUUCGGGUCUCUUUUCACACGUCUCAGAGGCUUGUCCAUCAACAGCUGAAUAUGUAAAAACACAAAAACCUGAAUUCUGUAGAGACUGGAACACCAGCUUACCGUUGCUGUGACAUUAUAGCGUAACAUUUCAGUUGGAUAACGUUAAUCAAUCAUCAUCACUUUCCCCUCUGUUCUGACCAGCACCUGUGCUGCGUUCCAGGCAACCCGUAACCCGUGUUUUCACAACCCUAUACCUGUGAAAGUGCCCUGGACUUUGAACUUGAACCAGAUCGUUUUUUGACCAACACUGGCGACCCCUGUUGAUGCUGUACGCCGAUGAUUAACAGAGAGAAAUAGAAAUAAAUAGGCAACGUAAAGUAAUACCGCACAUUGUAAUCAAAACAAUACACAUACGAUUGUGAACUACUACAGGUUAUGUUUAAUAAAUGAAGCCAGAAAUACGUUGCAGACUAGAAAGCGCUAGUAUUAGCUAGCGCUAGCUAACGUCAACAUGAGGUAGCUGCUAGCUAACACUAGCUUGAAGGGUUUUGUCGUGACUUUGCCUGGAACGCCACCAAGGCGGGAGUCGUGACUUGAAGUCGUUACUUCCGGGUUAAAAAACUGUCGGGAACGCAGCAUCAGCUGCAUCUGCAGUAUUUUCCUUUAUAAAAAAUUGUUGUUCUCAACUUGAAGAGUUAAGAAACUGAGCUGUGUCCACUCACUGCCCAGCCCCUGUGUUCUUGCUGACAUUCUCCUGUCUAUUGUUCAUGUGUUUAUGGGUGAAUGUUUGUUUUGGGUCUGUAGACUGUUAAAAACUGAAGUCUAAUGCAUGUGGGGAGGUGUUCUCAGUAAAAAAAGACAUCUUUAAAACCAACUGAGAGGAGAAUAAUUGUCCAGUGCUGUGGGCAGUUGUGUGUAUCGUAACCUAUAGCUGAAAUGUCUUCCAGCAUUGUGUGCGCUUUUGUUUUUAACCCUUCUUAUUUGUAUGUCUCCCAUCUAUUGUAUUAAUGUACAAUCUGUAUUUUAUGUUUCUCAUACUUUUACACAGCACUGCUGUGCCCUGUGUGUUUGUAUUUGUGUUUUUAAGAUGGCUGUUUCAACUAUUUCAUCUUUCAUCUUUCAUCCAUCAUUACUGUAUUUGUUUUUCAUUUACUCUCCAUUGUCCUCAUCAUCACCAAUGAUCCUUCAUUCUGUUCACGUUGAGACAACAAAGUAUUACAGACGCAUGCACACCUUGAGUUGCAUUUCGCUUUUCAACUUCUACUGUAGUUCCUGACUUUCAAAAGUCAAUUCAAAUCGAUGCACCUAUAGGCGUAGCUCUAAAUUUUGGGCUCCGUAGAAAGGCAUCCUCUAAGGGCCCCUUCCCACAUCAACAGCUAUUCAUUCUAGCAUCUAGGUUGUCAUAUUUGCUCUGAUGACAUGAAGCUGUUAGUGGAUUUUUUCUUUUUAAAACUUGUUCACAAUGUUUGCACUGUAGUAGUGAGGCACGGCGGAGGGACGAGUGGGACGGAUCACAUCUGAAGACGUGUAAAUUAGAGCUUUGUCCCCUCCUCGGGAUGUGGCAGAA